UCAUGCUGCUGCCAGGUCCAGAGUGUGUCAUGGGUCCCUGUACGGCCUCCCAUUGCUGCUGUCUCCAUCGCCACACUCUGCCAUGUGCCACUUUCAGGUCUCCUCACACUGCUGGUGGGUUCCAUUUUGUCAUAGGGUGCUGGUGCUGUAUGGCCUCCCAUUGCUGCUGCCAGGCCCGUAAUCUGUCAUGGGCCCCUGUACCGCCUCCUCAUGCUGCUGCCAGGUCCAGAGUGUGUCAUGGGUCCCUGUACGGCCUCCCAUUGCUGCUGUCUCCAUCGCCACACUCUGCCAUGUGCCACUUUCAGGUCUCCUCACACUGCUGGUGGGUUCCAUUUUGU